CAUGGACACGUGCCCUGAGGCAGCCACUGCCCCCUGCCUGUCAGACGCAGCCGCCAGCCCAAGCAGCAGCGGCAUGGGCAGCGCCAGCCCGGGCCUGAGUGGUGUCCCCCCCAGCCGCCUCCUGCUGCCCCCCGACACUGUGCUACGGACUGGCCUGGAGAAGGUGGCAGUGGGGGCAGGGGCAAUGGGGCCCGAGAGACGGGACUGGAGCCCCAGCCCACCUGCCACACCUGAGCAGGGCCUGUCCACCUUCUACCUCUCCUACUUCGACAUGCUGUACUCCGAGGACAGCAGCUGGGUGGCCAAGGGCCCCGGGGCCAGCACUCGGGAGGAGCCUCCCGACGAGCCCGAGCAGUGCCCCGUCAUCGACAGCCAAGCCCCGGGGGGCAGCCUGGACCUGGCGCCGGGCGAGCUGACCCUGGAGGAGCAUUCACUGGAGCAGGUGCAGACCAUGGUGGUGGGCGAGGUGCUCAAGGACAUCGAGACGGCCUGCAAACUGCUCAACAUCACGGCAGACCCCGUGGACUGGAGCCCUGGCAACGUGCAGAAGUGGCUCCUGUGGACGGAGCACCAGUACCGGCUGCCCUCCGUGGGCAAGGCCUUCCAGGAGCUGGGGGGUAAGGAGCUGUGUGCCAUGUCGGAGGAGCAGUUCCGCCAGCGCUCGCCCCUGGGCGGGGACGUGCUGCACGCCCACCUGGACAUCUGGAAAUCAGCGGCCUGGAUGAAAGAGAGGACGUCCCUGGGGGCGAUUCACUACUGUGCGUCGACCAGCGAAGAGAGCUGGACGGACAGCGAGGUGGACUCGUCCUGCUCCGGGCAGCCCAUCCACCUGUGGCAGUUUCUCAAGGAACUGCUGCUGAAGCCACACAGCUAUGGCCGCUUCAUCCGGUGGCUCAACAAGGAGAAGGGCAUCUUCAAAAUCGAGGACUCCGCGCAGGUGGCCCGGCUGUGGGGCAUCCGCAAGAACCGCCCCGCCAUGAACUACGACAAGCUGAGCCGCUCCAUCCGCCAGUAUUACAAGAAGGGCAUCAUCCGCAAGCCGGACAUCUCCCAGCGCCUGGUCUACCAGUUCGUGCACCCCAUCUGAGUGCUGCGGCCAGGCCCCGGGCCCGAACCUUGCCCUCGCCAGACCUCCCUCCUGCCUGCCCUGCCUCAGCCAGACCCUGAGCUGGGGGACAGGGCAGUCUGCUGGCAUCCGGAGUUCAAGGUCAGGGAGGGGAUGGCCCCUCGCUCCAGGGGUGUCAGUGAGCUCUCUGGGGCCCGAGGGACC